GUGUCGGCUUUUAUUUUGGUGGUAAAUUUUGGUGCAAAACGGUCUCUCAGGGAUCAACCACGGACACUUAGGAAAUAUUAGAUUAUUUAUUAUUAACCAGUUCUUUUUCCUUUUGGCGAGGUGUCACCGAGGUCAGAAUUGUUGGACGAAAUGAAGUUUUGUACGAGUAGUGGUCUUCUGUGCUGUGUUGUGGGGAUUGCACUUUUGUCGCCAGUUUUGGCCCGAGGAGAAACAGAGGAGGGGAAAUCUAUACCGGAACCAGCAGUGCCGGAGGUAUCAAACAGCAAAUCAGUCCCCCAAAAAGAAGGCGUAAAAGUGGUGCGGUUCAUUUCCCAGAAGAAAAAUCGUCCCACGCACAGGAAAUCGAAUGCGCGAACUUUUGGGAUGUUUGACCGGAUCCUGGACUCGAUGGGGUUCAACUCGAUCACGUGGGUGCCUGGGUUGCGAAGUCUGAUGGACAUGAACAACAACGGCACAGCGAUGGAAUUUAUUCCUCUGGGGAGAUUAAUUUGGAACCGAUUUUUCGGAGAAAGUUCGGCCAGCACGUUGCUCAGCUUGUAAAAAAAUGUAAACGUCUGAAUAUUUACUCUAUUUUUGAUAUGAUCAAAUGGAAAGAAAACUAUUUAUAAAGAGAUAUAAACCUUAUGAUUUUUUUGUACGACGA